GUAAAACAAUUCGAAAUUGUUAUGAUGAGAACCUUCCUACUUUUGAUUAUUGGGGUACUGAUUCGUCACCAUUAUUUGGCCCAUAUUUUGUUGAUAUCGACCAAUGGUGUCACUGGCUUCUGCUUUCGUCAUCCUAGGCACUCAUCUGGGGCUAGCACCACCGUGUCAAAUGUUAUGAAAAGAUCUGCAGUAUCACUGCGCACAUCUUUCAGUGAAGAGAUAUUCACUAAUGGAAACUCAUUGAGAACAAAUAGUCGCAAAGAUGAUGAAGAGAUUCAUUUGGAAGGUGACGACGCGUCAACAGAGGGCUACCCAUGGUCGAAAGUACAAGAAUGGGCMUUGCGUGACAAUUUGCCGAAAUACACUGUCCGCAUUUCAAAAAGAAGGGAAAACACAGGGCGAAAAAAAGUAGAACUAUCUUCUUUUGUUCUGUGGAGGACUCUUCGCGACGAUAUUCCUGAAUUAUGUGGUUACCCAGUCGAAAUUUUGCGAUCGCGGCAUGAGAAAAUGSAAAUGGCUCAGCAAAGUAAAACACAUGAAAAUACUGAUGAUGGCCAUUUCCCUUCGACGAAGUCUAUUGACGGUGGUGUUACGACUGCACUGGGAGUUCUUCCCUUUUUGCAGGACUACGAGUUUUCCACUGAUGGUGGUAUGUGUGGUUAUGUCUAUGGAUUAGACGGGUUGUCCGAUGGCAGUCGCAUCGAAACUUCUCAAUUAAAGAACGUGAAAGAGACUCUCCCGAGAGGAUUUAUUCAAACGAGCGACGACACAUGCUAUGAGCUGGGUCAGCCAUUGCAAACUGAUUUGGAAGGUGUAACCAAAAGAACUAAUUCUAAUACGGUCACGAAGUUGAGCCUCGAUAAACUAUCUGAAAAAUCGACAAAUAAUGACUUCCGUUCAGCAAUUGAUACGAUUGAAGAUCCUGAUGGACUGCUKUUGCGGCUAGGCGCAACGACUGGAAUUCUGCUAGCAGGAGCAACCGCAUUUAACAUGGUUUCGCAUCAUCUGACCGUGAAUGUCUUCUGGGUCUAGGAGGUCAAAAAGUGUAAUGCAUCUUUGCUUACAAUAACUCAGUGCGACUUAGUUGAAUGAGCGCAAUCACUACUUGUACCUCUUUCAAUUAGAAACAAAUUUUCACUUAGAGUGGGGGGCGCUGUACCUGCGAAGCUCCAUUACUCAUUAUUGAUGUACACAUAGUACUGCAUGACUAUUUUGUCUCAGAACUGCUGUCUAAAUUGCAUCACAGAAACGUAUUAGAGUAGUUCAUUGACUUGCUUUCUCAGCAGCAGCAACGAUGUGUACUGUUGUAUCAGCCCAUCAGCGUCAGAUUUUUAAAAAAUAGUUCCAUCGGGCCAUCUGUCUGAGCUUGUGAGAACGAAAAGAGAGCUGGGUGCCAUCUCAGAACUACAUUACAAUGCUCAUUAUUCUGCAUAGUAAGAAUGCCAUACUGAUAUUUCUCAAGGGGUGUAACUAGGUUUAGCUCCAAAAAAGUACAAAAUUCAGUAUAAAAUGAAAGAUUCAUU